GCAUAGUUUCUGUAUAAAGUUAAGCUUUUUGAGUCUUGAAUAAAAGAAAUGGUAUGGGAAUAGUGAAGAAAGAAUGAUUGAGACAUCAUGAGAAAGAUGACACAAACCCAAAGGAAGCUCUCUUACCCAUGACAUGUCUCUUUUUACCUUCUUCUUCUGUGUAAUUUAGAAUUGUCCCCACAAAGUCUGUCUCCACUUCAAGACAAAACUGCCUCCACCAAUAAUCUCUUUCUCUCUCUCUUCUUUGCUCUGCUCAGCCUCACCAACUCUUACAGUACCCAAACACAUCUAUUUUCUUACCUCUCUGUUUUUUUACAGUUCCUCUGUUUCCACUCUACUCAAUAGCUUACUAAAGACUCUGUUCUAUAUAAAGCUAACAGUUACAAGUCCAGAAAAGCUCAGAAUCAGAUGAGAGUACAUGAGUUUCCUCUUCUGCCUCUUUGGUGAUUUUUAGCAUUUAUUUCUCAGUCACUCGUCCUGUGUUAAUUACAUUUUCAUAACAAACAAGAGCUCUCAAAAUGGAGAGGUUCCAAGGACACAUCAACCCCUGUGUAUGUAUCUUUUGCUUAAUUUAGAAAGCUUUUACUCUCCUUUCUUCAAUCUUCUCUCUUCCCUUGAAUCAUUUUUUCUAUACUCAAGAGACAUGGACUUGCAUUUACUCAUUCUUAAGUAAUCCAGAUACUGCAUUUAAUGCUUUUGUUGUUUGUUUUCUAGAAAACAAUAACAAUUCUCCAAUCAUUUUUGCUUCCCUCUCUUUUGAAAACAUUCCAAUAUCCCUUCUACUUUCGUUUAUCACUGCCCUAACCCACCAAGUCUCUAACAAACACACAGUAGAACUAAAUUACACUUCUUUUUCAUGCUAUGCAACCUCAUUCCCCUGUGUUUCUUGCAGUUUUUGGAUCGGAAAGCGGAUGUGAGAAGCCUAGAAGUUCCAGCAUUUGCAGAGGCUCAAAGCUUUGCCAUUAAAGAAGAGGAAGCAAGCUUAUUACAAGAUACAGUUCCUUUUCUACAGAUGCUGCAGAGUGAAGACCCUUCAUCGUUUUUUACUAUCAAAGAGCCAAGCUUCCUAACGCUAUUGUCUCUUCAAACCGUCAAAGAGACUUGGGAACUCGAACGCUAUCCGGAGUUUCAUUCACCCGUUCAAUCGGAGACCAACCGCUUCCCGAUUUCAGCAUCAUCCAUGGGAGGAACCAAUCAAGCUUUUUCAAGCCAAGAACUUCCCUUUAGCCAAGCAAACAUGACACUCCCUCCUACCUCAUCACCACUCACCACAAAUUCAAGACGCAAGCGCAAACUCAACCACUUGCUGGCUCCAGAACUGACCCGAGAAAAGAGAAAGCGGAGGAAAACCAAGCCAAGUAAAAACAUUGAAGAGAUCGAGAAUCAAAGAAUAAAUCACAUUGCUGUUGAACGAAAUCGACGGCGUCAAAUGAACGAACAUAUCAGCUCCCUCCGUGCCCUUCUCCCACCAACCUACAUCCAACGAGGAGACCAAGCGUCUAUAGUAGGGGGAGCAAUAAACUACGUGAAGGUCCUCGAGCAAAUCAUACAGUCUCUUGAAUCGCAAAAGAGAACGCAACAACGCAGUGAGGUAGUUGGAAACGCGAAGGACCAUCUCUCAGGCAUUUCGUCGAACGAGUUGUGGACGACUCGCGAAGAUCAAACUUGCAUCCCCAAAAUUGAAGCUACAGUGAUACAAAACCAUGUCAGCCUUAAAGUUAAAUGUCUAAAGAAACAAGGGCAACUUCUCAAAGGAAUCAUAUCACUCGAAAAGCUUAGACUCACUGUUCUUCAUCUCAAUAUCGCACCUUUGUCCCAUUCCUCUGUUUCAUAUUCCUUCAACCUCAAGGUAAACACUGCUCUUUCCUUUUUUUUUUACUUUAAUUAUCAUAAACCUCAAUUUUUUCCGAUUUUGUUGGAACAGAUGGAGGAUGACUGCGACUUAGAAUCGGCCGACGAGAUUACAGCGGCAGUGCAUCAGAUUUUUGAUAUUCCGACGAUUUCAUUAAACACAUAAAAUUCCAAAACAGCUAACAAAAUUUGUAUCUUUUAUCAUUAUUAUAAAGAAGAUACCAAUUUCUUUUACUGGGAAUAAAAAUUCGUUUUUUUGUUC